AUGAAAUUCCUUAAAAAAAUUUCAAUCCUUCCGUAUUCACAAUUUUAUCAUUAUCGUCGUCAAUUAUUGCACCAACAUUAUAAAUUAUUGAUAUCCAAGAGUGCAAAUGAUAUUUCCAAGAAAGCUUUUCAUACUACAAAUAGUUUCCGGGCACAAUUUCCAUUUUUAUUUUUAAAUUCUGGUCCAUACGCAACCGAACAUUCCACACCACCACCUGAUGCUCUAAGAACAAUAUAUCAACAAACAUUGAAUCAUUCAAGAAAAAAUUAUGCUAUUAGCGAACUUCAAGGUUCAUUCUUGACAUUUUUAACUUCUAUAAUUAAACCAAAAGGCAUUCUUGAACUUGGAUGUUUUCUCGGUUAUUCCAGUUUGUGUUUUGCUGAAGGAUUACGAAAAAGUGGAAUUGCAAGUAAUAAUAAAAGUACAAUAGUAACUUGUGAACUUGAUCCUGAUUAUGCGAAAAAAGCCAAAGAAAAUAUCGAGUAUUGUGGAUUCAGUGAUCUGAUUGAAGUAAAAGUUGGAAAUGCUAUUGACACUGGUUAUGUUGAAAAAGUGCCUCAUUUAUCCAUCACCACACCAACUACACAAAUUAUACCACCAUCAAAGAUGGGAGUAGCUAAACAUAUACAUGAAUUUAAUGAAUAUGUGAAAAAUGAUCCAAGGGUUGAUCAAUUGCUAUUACCAAUUUUUGAUGGAUUAACAUUUAUUUGGAAAAAGAAGAAUCACAAUUAA